AUGGUCGAAUCUCCCCUUGCUGCGGCACGUACAGGUCGACUCUAUCUCCUUGACGUGGGCCGUUCAACAUAUCCAGAACACAAUGGCCGAAGUCUUACCUGCCGAUCGGAUGGUUCUCAUAUCCAGGAGUUGAUUACCAACAUCAGAAGUCUCCCCAACGGACUCGCCGUUGACACGGAUCACCAGCACAUAUACUGGACAAAUAUGGGAAUCCCCGCUGACAACGACGGGUCCAUAUAA